UGGUCCACUCUACUCCUCACAAUAAUACGAGGAUUUUCCAUAAACAGCCCUAAUCGUAUCCAGUCUCACAAAUCAGAUCCAAUACAACUUCUGGGUUCCCGAGAUCAGCGCAGGCCUGCACCCUUACGUAACAGCGUUGAAUCCCGUUUUGAAUUAAUUGCCAUCGAUGACGUUUCAUGCGUGCUCCUUUGCUGCAUUCUCUAGUAGUAGUGUGUGGAUCCAGGGGCAGUAGAUCACUCGUUACAGUUCGCAGCGGCUUCUAAGGUUACGAUUGCCAUUUUGGCUCCACCGCCGUGUCGUCAAGGGAGGAGCCGCGCCGUGCUGCUGCUUCUGCGGCGCGCAGAGCUCAGCGUUCAGCCCGGGCUUGAGCCAAGAUGUCUGGUGCUGCAGCUCGAAGCGAGCAGCCUAGCCUAACCCUUUUUCCACAUUGGGGGGGAGGAGGAGGAGGGAUCCUUGAGUCCUGUCGCGCAACUACAGUAGACUAGAGGCUGUACUUUUCGACUUGCUCUGUCGGGAGUCUGGGCAGUAGUGAAUUACGGGAGGAUAGUCAGAAAUAGCCUUCAAAUGCGAUUAGGUAUGACGGAUAGUGGCGAAGGGUUUCCGAGGCACUGUGCGUAAAGAUGAGGAUUCCUCCAGUGUGGGCGCUUGGCGCCUGCCAGACUGGAUGAAGUGAACGCGGAAGCAGGGAGAGGGAGAGAGAGAGAGAGAGAGACCCGUAAACAGCCUGCUGAAAGCAACAGCUCCACCACCUGCGAUUGCUCUGGAGGACCUCAGCGCAGGUUCAGCCCAGCGGCGGUGGCAGCAGCGUGGAGCCCCCUGACACAUGGAGAAUUACUUCCAGGCCGAGGGCUUCAACCUGGACAAGGUGCUGGAUGAGUUUGAGCAGAACGAAGAUGAGACGGACUCCCCCAGUCUCUCGGACUCCAAGUGGACCCAGAUCCUGGCGCCGCCGGCCCACCUGCUCUCCCUGAACCCGGCGCUGGCCCACGCCGACCUGAGCCCCCAGGAGAGCCCCCUGCCCUUCAAGGCUCCGCCCCCCGACACCACCCCCACCUGCUCCCGAGGGGGCGGCGGCGGCGAGCCCAAGCUCCUCCUCUCCGCCGGGGCUCCGCCCUGGGGCGAGGCGCGGCCCCCGGACGUCCACAGCCCCCCCCUCCCCCAGCCCAACAUCGGGAAGCUGGUGGGCGCCGAGGAGCCGCCAUGCUCCCCCGACCGGGCCGCCCCCGCCGCGGGGAACGGCCACGGCGAGGGGGAGGCCGCCGGCGCUGAGCUCGACGGCCGCGCCCCUCGGACCGGGGGAGGGUCCCACCUCGACUACACCCGCUUCACCUUCGAGGACGAGCCGGAGCCGCGCCCGACGCCGCCGGCGGCUUCGGAGUCGUCCGAGCGGCGGGAUCCCAGGGGGAACGCCGCGAGGAACGCUCCGGAAGGACCAGAGGGCGGCGGCCUCCAGAACGGAGGAGCGGUUGUGACCCGGGGCGGGGGUGAGGAGGAGGAGGAGGAGGAGGAGGAGGAGGAGGAGGUUGCCCUGGAUGGGGGCUCUGAUCAUCCAGUGCAGGAGGCGGAGAUGAUGAUGAGCCGUCGUCACGGCGACCGCCUCUCCGUCCCACCGGGCCUCGGCAACGGCGUGGGGCCGGAGGGGAACGGGCGGGGCGGGCGCUACGAGGAGGAGGAGGAGGAGGAAGAGGAGAGGAGGGGCCUCACUCCGAGCCCCGUCCCCUCCAAGGAGGACUCUGUGACGGAGGAGAAGGAGAUCGAGGAGAGCAAGCAGGAGGGCGCCGAGGGCGUGCCCCCCCCCCCCCCGCCCAAGCUCAACAACAACCGGCUGCAGCCGGUCAGCGUGCCGUACGGCGGCGCCCGGCCCAAGCAGCCCGUCAGCCUCAAGCUCCAGAUCCCGCGGGCCGACGCCCCGGUGCACAACACCCUGGGCCCCUCCCCCACCGGCAAGAACAAGAACCUGGACAGCCAGGGGCCCGGGCGCGUGCUGGGCCCCGCCCCCGACACGGCGUCGAGCGCCGAGUCGGACCGGGGCGCGUCGACGGCGUCGUCGUUGACGACGCCGCCGCCACCGCCGCCGCCGGAGGUCAACGGAGACCGCUCCGGCUCCCCCGCCCCCUCCGCCGCCCGGAGCCCCGACAACGACGUCCAGGCGGGCCAGCAGGGGGCGCUGUCCCGGAGGCCGACCGCCCCGCUGGGGGAGGUGGCGCCCGUGUGGGUGCCCGACUCCCAGGCCCCCGCGUGCAUGAAGUGCGACGUCAAGUUCACCUUCACCAAGCGCCGGCACCACUGCAGAGCCUGCGGCAAGGUGUUCUGUGCGGCCUGCUGCGGUCUGAAAGGCAGGCUGGUGUACAUGGACAUGAAGGAGGCCCGGGUUUGUGUCACCUGCCAUUCGGCUCUCAUGAGUGCCCAAGCGUGGAGGUGCGUGGCGGCGGCUAGCGGCGUUAGCGGUUAUGGCGGCGGCGGCGGCGGUGGCGCCGGGACCCAGGCCCAGCCCAACCCCAACAACCCGGCCGAGUACUGCUCGACCGUCCCCCCCCUGCAGCAGGCCCAGGCCUCUGGGGCGCUGGGCUCCCCCCCGCCCACCGUCAUGGUGCCCGUGGGAGUCCUGAAGCCGGCCUGCUCCGAGGGGCUGCUGACGCGGGAGCAGAGGAGGGUGUGGUUCGCCGAUGGACUCCUACCCAACGGGGACGGCACAGAGUCGUCCAAGACCCCCCCCAACCCAGUCCCAGACCCUGCGUCUCGGCCCGCGGCCGGCUCCCUGUUCUCGACCAAAUGUUCCCCCUCGGACGCCUCGGAGGCGUCCAGGGGCCCAGGGCCUGGGGGCGGGGCCCUGGCGGCGGGGAGCCCCGUGGGCAGCUCCCUCAGCCUGAUCCCGGAGGACGGCCUGCCUCCCAUUCUGAUCUCCACGGGAGUCAAAGGAGACUACGCGGUGGAGGAGCGGCCCUCGGAGAUGGUGCUGCUGCAGCAGCUGGAGGAGGGGGGUCCGGACCCGCUGGUGUUCGUCCUCAACGCUAACCUCCUGGCCAUGGUCAAGCUGGUCAACUAUGUGAACAGGAAGUGCUGGUACAUGACCACCAAGGGCAUGCACGCGGUGGGCCAGGCCGAGGUGGUGAUCCUGCUGCAGUGUCUGCCCGACGAGAAGACCAUCCCCCGGGACAUCUUCACCCACUUCGUGCUCCUGUACCAGGAGGCCCUGACUGGUAACGUCCUGGCCCACCUGAGUCACUCGUUCUUCACCCAGAGCUUCCUGGGCAGCAGAGAGCACGGCGGCUUCCUGUACGUCAGCCCCUCCUUCCAGUCCCUGCAGGAGCUGCUGCUGCCCAACCCGCCCUACCUCUUCGGCAUUCUCAUCCAGAAGUGGGAGACGCCCUGGGCCAAGGUGUUCCCCAUCCGACUCCUGCUGCGGCUGGGGGCGGAGUACCGAUUCUAUCCGUGCCCGCUGUUCAGCGUGCGAUACAGGAAACCCUUGUUUGGAGAGACCGGCCACACCAUCAUGAAUCUUUUAGCAGACUUCCGUAACUACCAGUACACUCUGCCUGUGGUGAAGGGGCUGGUGGUGGACAUGGAGGUGAAGAAGACCUGCAUCAAAAUCCCAAGCAACCGCUAUAACGAGCUGAUGAAGGCCAUGAACAAAUCCAACGAGCACGUGCUGGCCAUGGCGGCGUGCUUCAACGACCGCGCAGACUCCCAUCUGGUGUGCGUCCAGAACGACGACGGCAACUACCAGACGCAGGCCAUCAGCAUCCACCACCAGCCGCGCAAAGUCACUGGCGCCUGCUUCUUUGUGUUCAGCGGGGCUCUGAAAGCGUCGUCGGGCUACCUGGCCAAGACCAGCAUCGUGGAAGACGGCGUGAUGGUCCAGAUCACUGCGGAGACCAUGGACUCGCUACGGCAGGCGCUGAGGGACAUGAAGGACUACACGGUGGCGUGCGGCAAGGCGGGCCAGGAGGAGAGCCAGGAGCACGUCCACAUCCAGUGGACCGAGGACGACCACAACUUCAACAAGGGGGUGAUCAGCCCCAUCGACGGGAGGUCCAUGGAGUCCAUCACCAGCGUCAAGGUCUUCCACGGCUCUGAGGUCAAGUCCAACGGCAAGGUCAUCCGCUGGACCGAGGUGUUCUUCCUGCGGAGCGAGGACCACCCGGGGGGGGGUCUGGGCGACCCCGCCGACCACAGCCGGCUGACGGAGAACGUGGCGCGGGCCUUCUGCACGGCGCUGGGACCCCACCUCAAGCUGCUGAAGGAGGACGGCAUGGCCAAGCUGGGCCUGAGGGUCACCCUGGACACGGACCAGGUGGGCUACCUGGCGGGCAGUAACGGCCAGCCCCUGCUGCCCCAGUACCUGAGCCACCUGGACAGCACCCUCAUCCCCGUCAUCCACAGCGGCGCCUGCCAGCUCAGCGAGGGCCCCGUCGUCAUGGAGCUCGUCUUCUACAUCCUGGAGAUCAUCUCCUAGGCAACGGCCGUCCCCGGGGCCUCUUUGUUUGUUCCCAGCUGUCUCUUUUAGACGCAACCGGGACCCCCUGGACAACGUGUGGGGGUCCCCAACGCCUCCUUUUAAACGCCUUGGUUUGCCCCCCCUCGUUGGAAAGGGUCACGGAGCCGGCACUGACUAGAGGGGGUCGUCAUGCCAACGCCAUCGCUCCUCGUGCAUUCUGACUGUACGGACCCUCAGACCGGAGCGGGCUCGGCCUCAUGUGUUUUUGGGAUCCGGUUGGGACUGGUUGGCGAGGAGGACCGGACCCAUUGGAAAGCGCUUGUUUCAGUUUGAACCCGCUUAAGUCGAUUUGCCUUGGAGGCGGUUCAGCUAAGCCACGGCGACCGCACAGGUCACGGGAGAGCUUCUCUGCCCGUCAUCUGAUAUAUUAUUGUCAUAUAUAUAUAUAUAUAUAAAUAUAUGUAUAUUUUUUAACUUAUUGUAGCAACACGGGGCCGACCACCAUCCACCUGCGUUGUGAACAGGAUAAAACGCUACAAGCAGUCACAGAGACUUUCUGACUCAGGUUUGCACUCCCUAUUCCCCCCCCUCCCCUCCCCUCCCAUAACGUUUUAAGUUCCACUGUGGGAGCCCAUCUGUGAAGACCCCCUCCCUGGUAGCAACAGCAGACCCUCUGGAUCACCAGAGGGGGGGGGGGGGGGGGGGGGCGCGGCAGCGGAGCCACUGUCCAGCCCUCUGGUCAUCGUCCGUCCGUGAAUAUCAGGAGGAUCAGAGAUGAUGAUAAACCACCGCUGCAAGAGCACACGAGAGGGACCAGAACAAGUGCCUGUGCGUGUGUGUGUGCGUGUGCGUGCGUGCCGGUGGCGUGUCUUCUCCUGCACCGCGGUGCUCAGUGCCUGCAGCGAGCCGCUCUAUCAGAACAACGGGAACCUACAGACUAACCCGGGCUUCACUCCUCCGACACAGGCUUUGUUUUCCCCGGACGUCCGCGACGCGCCCCCCCCGCGUUGUUUGGAUUCUGCGUGUACAUAUUCUGUAGCCUCAGGGGGCGGAACCUCCUCUGAUGAACCAGAGUUAGGAGGGUUAAAGCGGUCCGGGACACUGGAGGCCCGGCCUGUGCUGGGAGGGGUCGUCUUCAGACUGUAAAGGCCUUCUCCGGGGUCCUGUACGACCGGCCUGCUCACGUCAGCAACAACAAAAAGGUCUCCAUGCUUUGUCAACUUGACUGUGUGACGCUAAGCAGGACGGUGAGGGAAUGGUUCUGAACGCCAGUCACGUGGUCCCACUUUCUGAGCCUGGGUUGUCCACAUCAAGCUGAAGGCCACUCAAAGCGGUGAGCCUGUGUGUUUCCAUGCUGUGACCUCGUCCCAUGCAUGCAGCUUCUCGCAGAAGGACCGAACUUGUGCAAGCUGGGAGUUGAGGACGGGAAUUUAUGUGGGAGGGGCUUGGGGGGGGCUUGAAGUGUGUGGGGGGGGGGGCAUAACUCCCUGCUAGCAUCAACGGCAGGAGUGCAGUUGGAAUGGACUCUCGCCGCCUCGUUUUGUUUGUCGACAUUUCAGUCAAACAGAUGUUCUUUGUUUCAACACUUCCUAAUCAUACAAAGAAAAUAACUGUCAAAAGCGUAAGGAUUAUUAUAAAUAUAUAUAAAUAUCUAUACGUGUGUGUGUGUGUGUGUGUGUGUGUGUGUGUGUGUGUGUGUGUGUGUGUGUGUGUGUGUGUGUGUGUGUGUGUGUGUGUGUGUGUGUGUGUGUAAAAUGCAAAAGCAGUGCACUGGAUUCUAAGCCAUUUUACAGGAGAGAUAAAGACUUCAGACCGAGGGAUGCGGGCAGCCUGGGCCUUCAUCCUGUAGAAGGGGGGGGGGGGGGGGGGGGGAGUGCUAAACAUUAGGUUACCGCUUUGACGGGUUUAAAAUGCCCCCCCCCGAUAACUCCACAUCCCGGGCGCUGAGUUCCUGGGGGUGCACGGGGGUGAGGGAUGACACCAUCUCGCCUGGUCGCUCAACAUCAGCUUGGCCCGCAUAUACACAUGUAGUCAGACUUUGACAACAUUUGGCCAUUUAAAACCCAACCCCCCAAAGCAAUAGGAACCCUGUAGAUCUGGGAAACGCUUUAAGGCUUCAGUGUUUUAAGUCUGCAUGUGGGACGUCCAAAAUCAACCACCCCAAUAACCCUCAAUUCUACACGGGCAGAGGUCUGGCCUAUCUUCUCCUUCAAUACCAUGGACCUGAUAGAAAACAAGAAUGUAUUUGUCCUUUUGCAGUAAAACAUUAUCUGUAAACCCUUUGUUUUGUGGGCAAACCCUGGCUGAAGUCUGUGUGUCAUCGUGUGAACUGCAUCUCCUCUCAUGUCCACCAUCACACAAGGGAAUCUACAGAGGACACAACGUCGCCCAACAGCAAUCCACAGGGAAAGGUAUUGUGAAGCAUUUUACUAUAUAGUAAUCGUCAUGUUGUCUCUACGAAAAGAAAGUCCACCUGCUAUCCGCAGCAUCCAAGACAAUCACGUGAAGAACUGCAGAAGAGCCAACGCCUUGACGUGCGCACCCUGUCGCGCCACCCUAGUCUCCUCCUAUCAUCUCCGCCCAAUCGGUGACCUGGACCGUAGCAGAACGCGACGGAACACGGACGGCUACCAAUGAGGUGAAAGGAUUAUUGUACAAGGGGUCAAAGGUCAAGAGCGAUGGUUCACUGGUCGUGUGUCCUCUAACCCCCCCACCUGGCCGGGCUGCAGUCGGGAUCAGUCACUGUGUCUCCUCCACUGUGAUGAGCUUACAGCAGCCGGCCACAAGGAGUGCGACUUGGUUUGUUUUUUACAUUGGCAGAAUCUGGACCGGGAAUAGUGUGGACUUAAUCUAUUUUUCAAUCCUUCCCAACCCUGUAUUUUUUUAUUUAUUUUUUUGGAAACUUUGUUACCUUAUUUUAGCGUUUAUCUGAUUUGUGCAAUAUCCCAGCACCUUUUUAAAAGGUGUGGUUUUAUUUAGUCAUGAGUAGCCUUUUAUACAAUCCAGUUGGAGGUCGUAUCCGGAUUGAGAAAGCUGCAUGCAUGCAUUAACAAAAGAGCUGGCCAUGGUGAAGAGCUAUUCAACCUUGCAUCUUGAUAAUAUUUGUACAUUGUGGAUCAAAUGUAAAAUCAAAAGACAACCAAUCCAGGCAAUCCCUCCAAUUACUGGGUGUUGUUAAAAUCGUCUUUAUUUUAUUCAUCUUUGACAUCAGUCAAGAAGAACUGUACGACAAGCCAAAAAAAACUAAACAUGUUGAUCUCAUUACACUACAAACAUCUUCAAUCGCAUUCUUUAGUAAAAGAAACAUGUAGUAUAUGUAUAAUAAAGACUUAUACAAAAUUGA